UCCAGCAAACAUGAGCGGCAGAGGAAAGGGAGGAAAAGGACUCGGCAAAGGAGGCGCCAAGCGUCACCGUAAAGUCCUCCGUGAUAACAUCCAGGGAAUCACCAAGCCCGCCAUCCGCCGUCUGGCUCGCCGUGGUGGAGUGAAGCGCAUCUCCGGUCUGAUUUACGAGGAGACCCGCGGUGUCCUGAAGGUCUUCCUGGAGAACGUGAUCCGUGACGCCGUCACCUACACCGAGCAUGCUAAGAGGAAGACUGUGACCGCCAUGGAUGUGGUCUAUGCCCUGAAGAGACAGGGACGCACCCUGUACGGCUUCGGAGGAUAAACACUGACUUCUGUUAUCGACAUUAAAACGGUCCUUUUAAGGGCCACACACUUAAUCUGAAGAUCUGAAAUCCUUUGUAGACCUAAACUGAAUAUUAAAUCUGCCUAGAAUACUAAUAUCAAUUUCGAAUUUAAAAUUCUUUGGAUAAUUUUGGACAAUAAACUGUAUUCAGGCUACACCUCUUGUGACCAUUACUUCGUGUCAUCUUGAUGUUGACUUGAUGUUAAAAUUGAAU